AUGGGCGGCCCUCGGGGCGGCUCGAUACCCCUGCCGCGCAUCAGCGGCUUCUCCGAAGACUUCUUCUACAAAUCCAAGCUCAAGCCCGAGGACGAGCACCUCAUGUCGGGCAUGCUCGCCAGAAACCGGUUCCAGAAGGGCAACCGGGCGGCCCGCUCCUACGCGAACCUAGUUGUGCUCUUUCGGAUGCUUCUCUUUUACACGCCGCUGAAGCACCAUCCGCACUUCUGGGGGUGGGUGGCCCAGGACUGGGGCAUCAGCACGGCCGGCAGCCAAAAGAUUGUGAGCAACGUGGCCAACUUGUACUCGGACGCGCGGUAUGCGGCGCUCGGCGUCAACGCACAGAGAGUCUCCCUCCUCGUGCGUCUGGUCGACGAGUGGUUGUUGAUUCGGCCGCGACCGGAGAUUGCCUAUUAUGAGGAUGUGGAUGAAGCAACUCUUCAGUCCAGGCGGAGCGCCUGGCUGAAUAUUCGCGACUACCAUGUCGACAUGCUCAUGGACUCGAAGCUGCCGGCUAAUCUAGUUGGAGUCGAUCCUCCUGAGAAAAUGGUCACAUCUCUCUGGGAACCAGACCCGGAAGUAGCCGCACUUUUGAAGGAGACGAAAACUACACGAAAGCCGAAACACGUCCUGCACAAAGUUGGCACGCCCAAGUCGCCAGCACCGCAAGCGUGGCUCCCCGGCCCGGAAAUGGAACGAAAGCGAAAAGUGUCCCCGUCAGAACGGGAAAUUGUGGAAAUUGACGAGAGUGAGCCCGCCUCAGCAGGCAGUGGCUCCAUCUUUGACGAGCGUUGCUUCAUUCCGGUCCUGGAGAAUACCCAAGGCACGUUGAGGCGCCCCCUACCUGCAGACGCUCCAAGUAAACGGAAUUGUUCUGCCGGCAACCACACCCCGGAGAAGUACUAUGCCGGUGCAUCACCCGACAGCCCCGACUUGAUCGACUUGACACCACCCCAGCCUGUCCAGCAGCAGCAGCAACAGUCUCUGCCGAAGCCUUCACCAGUCCUCAUCCAGUCCAAGCUAACCCAUUUCGCCAACCCCUACGCUGCCGCCGCACCAGACCGCCGCCCAGAGCUCAGCGCGCAGCUGCAGCGCGAGUCCAACGAGAUCCAACGCUGGCAGGUCCAGCUCGCCGCGCGCCUCGAGACGGAGACUAUUGGCUGUGUGCCGCCCACCGCGCACCAUGGUCCCAACGGGGCAGCGGACGGCGGUGACGGCGGCCAAGGGCUCCGGGCGGCCGAAGAGUGGGCGCAGUACGAUGCGAAGCUGCGAGAGAUGGAGGCGCGAGUGGCCGCGCUGGAGAGGGAGCACCGCGACGACGCGGCGUGGGGACGGUCCAUGGGCUGGUUCUUGUACGAUGCCAAUGGCAGGUCGUUGAGCGCGCUACAGGAUGUCUUUGGGGCGAUUGAUACCCUGCAGAAGACGUCGGCGGCGUUGCUGAAGAAUAUGAAGAAGUGCGAGUAG